UCGAUGUACGGCUUUGCGGCGUUCGGUACCCCGCCAAAGUUUUUAUUUACAGAAAUAUUAAUUACAAUAAUAGCGUGAUUUAUACAAAUUUAGAGAGAAGCAAGUCGAGUGAUCAUGGACGAAGUCGAUAACGCCCAGAUAAUUGUUAUCGCGGACGAUGUCUGCAGCAGAGCGGGUAUCGCGACAACUUGGAUCAAUAGCAACAGAUUCGGGAUACACGCGUACAAACAUGUGGACAAAUCUUCGCCAGAUGCCAAAAGUAAAUUUGCGCCUUGCGAUGCCAAAGUACAUUUUCUCCGACCGGAAAUCAUAUUAUUCUCACCGCUUUUGCGUAAGCUGGUUAACGAGAGCAACGGUAUCUUUCUGUCGGUUCAGAAGCUCAAGUCUUCCUCUUCCGGUGACAUUAGGCCGGAGCUUCUUAAGCACAGCAAACAAUAUAGGUCUAUAUUGAGAGCCUGCGUGGAAAACUUGCAAGAGAUACUACCGAAGGAGCCGUUAUCGGAAGAGAAGACGAUGCUGGAAAAUUUUCUCACUAUCUUUUACCAGGUGGAAUGCGUCUGGCAUUUAACGGAAAUUCUCUACGUCGACGUUGUACCAGGCGACGUUGUGCUACCGCAAUUAUUGGAGUGGAUCAGCUUUCAUUUUCCCUCGAGAGAACUCGCGGCGUCAAAAAUUUUGUCGCAGAAGACGAUCGGUGCGGAUUUAGAAAAUCCGAAUUAUUGGGAGGCUGUGAUGGGCUGUGCGUUCCACGGUAAAUUAAAUAUAGUUUGCCGCCUCCUGGCGAUGCACAGCAAAGCGGACCAUUCGGCGUUCGUUACUGCGGACAAUAUUAUUAGAACAAUGCCCGUGUACAAUGUAUACGGCGGAUAUUCUGUAAACGAAUUUAUUAUGCGAUGGAAGCACUGGCAAAUGGAUCUUUGCUCAAAUCUAGAGACCAACUACUUCGUUAUAGAUAGCAAUUUGGAGAUGCUUAUGAAGUUGAUAUCGGGAGACGAAUCGGUAUUGUGGGAAUAUUCCAUGUAUACGGAAGCGUGGUACGAAUUAUUGGCAGCGAAGUUAUUUUAUUCAGCUCCCUGCUGCAAACAGAUGGAACUUUCGCGCUACGCAAACAGCGUGGUCGAAAGAUGGCAAGCUAACAGACAUCUAGAUCGUGUAAUCCUUGCUUUAAUGGAAAAUGAUUUGUAUCAGGUUAUCAAAGAGAUACAAUAUAUGAGCGAUAACGGCUGGUUCGCAGCCCACCUGAUGGACCUGUUGUACAAGUGUGGAAAAUUAAACAUUUUCAGCAAAGAAAAGACCAACGUGACUGCCCAGCUUCAUGAAUCCCUCAUAUUGGAGUACGGCACUACAUUGAUGAGCCAGCGUUCAUUGUGGCAGUGCGGCGCGAGUUACUUGAUACAUUGCCCCACGCAAGGUUUAGCUAGGCUGGAGAUCCUGUUGCAGUCGCUACCAACGGGCACGGAGGCGAGAAUCAACAAAAUCAUUGACGUCGCGCGGGACAAUAAUAUGCCGCACGUUGUCACUAGCAUAUGCAAGAUCCAAGGAAUGAGGAGCAUAAGACAGGGGAGAUUGGGCAACGCUCUUACGUGGGCGCUCAAGGCACACGACGGCAAUUUCACCACGUACAUCGCGGACCAAUUUUUGAAGCAUUACGCGGAAUACGGGGAAUUGGAAUGUCGCGAUCUGCUCGAGAACUUGGGCUCCUGCAUGUUGGCCAGCGACAGACUCACAUUUUUAGGCAAAUAUUGUGAGUUUCAUCAUGUGUACGGAAUGGACGAACAUCGCGAAGCGGCAAGCCUAUUGGUGUCCCUUCUAGUUUCGAAUUUGACGCCGAAGUAUUUUUGGUCCAUUUUGCUCACGGACGCUAUACCGCUGUUGGAAGCGGAAGACGUGAUCUUUUCGUCCAACGAUUGCUACGAGUUACUACGUUGCGUAGAGGCUCAUGGGGACGAUCCGAAAUUUCAAGACAAGGUUACCGCCUUCCGACUAGCCGUUGCACGAAAUCUCGCACGAGCUUUAAGUUUAGAAGGCUGCCAGGCCGAUCAUUGACCGCAUUCACUGUUGUAUUAUCUAUUGUAUAGUGAUAUCUCCAGUAUCUUCCUUUAAUAAAUUGUAACUAAAUUUACAAAUACAUUUUCUAAUUAU